AUGAACGGUGAUUUUUUCGCAGAAUUUGUCCAAAAUAACUUUAAUUUGUGUUUUGGAAAAGCAGGACCUAAAACCGGAAGAAAGAGAUUGUUUGUUAUGGACAAUGAUCCUUGCCAAACAAGCAAAAAAGCCAUGUUAGCUUUAACGCAGAUUGAGUGCAAUCUUCAUCGCAUUCCACCGCGUUCUCCAGAUAUUAAUCCUAUCGAGAACGUGUUUCAUUUGGUGAAAAAAAUACUGCACAGGGAAGCGAUAGAAAAGAAUAUCACUAAAGAAUCCUUUGAUGCAUUUAAGACGUGUGUCCUGCGUUGUCUCAACACAUUUAAAAUCACGACCAUUGACAAAACAAUUGGGAGCAUGCCAAAACGAAUUGAGGAAAUUAGAUCCUCAAGAGGGAAAAGAUCGAAAUACUGA